AUGGAAAAUCUACCAAAUUGUAGUGAUGUAAUUCAAGAUGAAGAAUUAGUGUCUAAUCUGUGCAGAAAUAAUGCUACCUGCAAAAUUAGAAUACAUGAGGAAUAUGUAGAGGCGCUAUGUGACUGUUCAAGAUUGACAAAUAAUACACACUAUUUCGUUGGUAAAUACUGCGAAAUAGCAGUGCCACAUCCUCGUGUAUCGUCAAAUGAUAUAAAUGACUCACUUAAUACGUGUUUUAUUGAGGAUCUACUGGGUAUCAAUGAAUGGAAAAACAACUUUAGCAUCUACGGUAAGAUUGUAAAUUAA